GCUCUGUGUCCCGCUGCGAUACAUCGCGCCGCGCCCACCACAUCACCAUGGCGAGCGAGGACCUGCUGCAGCCGGGACACGUGGUCAAGGAGAGAUGGAAGGUUGUGAAGAAAAUCGGCGGUGGCGGCUUUGGCGAGAUCUACGAGGGUCUGGACCUGGUGACCCAGGAGCAGGUGGCCCUAAAGGUGGAAUCCGCGAGGCAGCCCAAGCAAGUGCUGAAGAUGGAGGUGGCCGUGCUGAAGAAACUUCAAGGCAAAGAGCACGUCUGCCGCUUCAUAGGGUGCGGUCGGAACGCGCGUUUCAACUACGUAGUGAUGCAAUUGCAAGGCAGGAACCUUGCAGAGUUAAGGAGGGCACAGCCGAGGGGCGCCUUUUCACUGUCCACCACACUCAGGUUGGGCCUGCAAAUACUCAAGGCGAUAGAUUCCAUACACUCAGUCGGAUUUUUACAUAGGGAUAUUAAACCAAGUAACUUUAGCAUAGGCCGACACCCUUCAAAUUGUCGGAAAGUGUAUAUGCUAGAUUUCGGUCUAGCCAGGCAGUAUACCACCAGCAAUGGUCAGGUUAGGCCUCCUCGCGCCGCGGCAGGGUUCAGAGGUACAGUCCGCUACGCGUCAAUCAACGCCCACAAAAACAAGGAGAUGGGCCGCCAUGACGACUUGUGGUCGUUAUUCUACAUGCUGGUGGAGUUUGUGAACGGACAGCUGCCGUGGAGGAAGAUCAAGGAUAAGGAGCAGGUCGGACUAAUGAAAGAGAAGUACGAUCACCGUCUCCUCCUCAAGCACCUGCCGUCAGAGCUCCGCCAGUUCCUCGAGCACGUCCAGCAGCUGGAAUACGCGGACAGUCCAGACUACUGCAUGCUCACUGCGCUGCUGGAGAGGUGCUGCAAGCGGAGAGGCAUCAGGGACACCGAUCCGUACGAUUGGGAGAAAGAUGCUUAUAUCUUCGAUUCCGAUUCAGACUAUACAGAAUAACAAUAUUGG